AUGCGGCUCUUGCUGGGUCCGGUACGACGACCGUGGUUCAGCUGGUUAUCGGGUCUGGCCAUGUUGAUUGUCUUGAUCGUCGAGCUUAUCAAGAACCAACAAAUGACUGGAAGCGUCAUUUCAACAAGUCCAACGUUCAAUCCAAUGAUCGGUCCAAGUUUUCCAGUAUUGAUCAACAUGGGCGCGCGAUUUACACCUUGCAUGCGAACGGUGCCCGAUUAUACACCUUCGACGCCUAUUCAAGACUGUUUCCAAGAAUCAGAAACGUGUACGAUUGAAGAAGCAUGUGGAUUCGGUGGAUUUGGAGGGGCCGAUCCUGACCAGUCCUUCCGAUUCAUUGCACCUAUCUUUCUCCAUGCUGGUAUAGUGCAUUAUAUCAUGAACAUGCUGUGUCACUUGCGACUGGGUGCAGAUCUGGAAUGUGUGCUCGGUGCUCCUCGAUAUAUCCUUCUUUACAUGGCUUCCGGUAUCUGGGGCUUUGUGCUGAGUGCCAUGUUGUCACAAACAACCACAGCAAGCAUGGGCUGUUCCGGUGCACUCUUUGGCCUGAUCGGAUACAUGUUCAUUGACGUGGUGGUCAACUGGAAAACCAUUGCUCAUCCCGUUCGAGAGCUGAUGAAACUGUUGAUUGUUACCAUCAUUUCUCUAGUCUUGGGCCUACUACCUGGAUUGGACAAUUUUUGUCAUUUAGGUGGAUUCGUUGUUGGCAUUGUGAUGGGCGCAUUAAUAGCUCCUAUGCGACCUAAUAUGGAAAAGAAAGGGAAGCUAAUCACAUGGGGUGUUCGACUUGUCGCCUUUGUUAUCCUGAUCAUUCUUUUUGCCGUCACCAUAAACUCGUUCUACUCUGCAAGCGAUCCAUCUCAGAUUUGUCCUGGAUGCAAAUACCUCUCGUGUCUUCCUGUUAACAACUGGUGCGAUAUGUAA